CCAUACUUUCUUUAUCACUUAGGAGCAAGUCUUCUCCUCCGUUCGUCUUUCAAACCAGUCCUCUCAUUCGGCCAGAUUUGUUGCCAAUCUUUCUCUAUUUUCUUUUCUGAAACGACUGAUCAACAGCAUCGAUACAUUCGAAGAAUAUCAAGAUGAAGGGCUCCGUCUUCGCUACCGCUCUCACUGCCUUCUCAGCUGGUGCUUUCGCUCGCCCAGGUUCUUACGAUAGCCCUGACAAAACCGCUGCGGGCAAUCUUUCCGGUGGCGGCAGCAAUGGCGGCGACAUUGGUCUGGUCCCCGCGAAUCUAGCAGGUGGUGGUUCUGGCGAUGUUCUUCCAACUGGACUUUUGGGUGGCAACAACAAGGGUAUAUCGCCCGGUACUGCACUCCUUGGUGGCAAGGGUGGCAUUGGUGGUGGUUUCGACAACGCUCUUCCUACUGGGCUUCUUGGAGGCAACAACAACAAGGGCAGCGUCAACCCCUCCAAUGCCUAUAGUGGCAGUGGCAACAGCAAGGCCAAUGGUGGUAUUAGUGGAAAUGGUGGCAUUGGUGGUGGUUUUGACAACGCUCUUCCUACUGGGCUUCUUGGAGGCAACAACAAGGGCAGCGUCAACCCCUCUAAUGCCUAUAGUGGCAGUGGUGGUAUUGGUGGAAAUGGUGGCAUUGGCGGUGCUCUCGACAACGCUCUUCCUGCCGGGCUUCUUGGAGGCAACAACAAGGCCAAUGGUGGCAACAACAAGGCCAAUGGUGGUAUUGGUGGAAAUGGUGGCAUUGGCGGUGCUCUCGACAACGCUCUUCCUGCCGGGCUUCUUGGAGGCAACAACGACAAGGGCAGCGUCAACCCCUCCAAGGCCUAUAGUAGCAGUGGUGGUAUUGCUGGAAAGGGUGGCAUUGGCGGUGCGCUCGACAACGUUCUACCUACUGGAAUUCUCGGUGGUAGCGGUGAGGGUAUCACACUUCCCACUGUGCUUCCGGUUGCUGGUGGCGAAGCCAAAGCCUUCCCAAACAUCGGUGGCGGAAACACACCUUCCGGCUUCAAGACCUAUGUCCGUGUCACGAGCACUCGCGGAAGUGAUUCUGACUCCGCUACACCUACCAAGGCUUACUAAAGAAGUCACAGGAGGCUAACAUAGUUCAAUCCUCCAGAUAGUAACAUUACGCAGUACAUCAACCACGUCAUGUAGCUAAAUAGAAACUGG